UGGUGCAGGAUGCCAUACUAACUACAGGUUCACACCAUAGAAAUAACAUGGACUUGGUCAAGAAUUUUUGUUCAAUGAGGGACCUUUGAGAGUGUGUUCUUCAACUUUUUUGCAAUACAAAAAGCAUGAGAGAAGAGGGAGGCUUUGAAGUGAUAAAGAAGGCAAUUCGGAAUCUCUCACUUCACCAUGAGGAGCACAUUAGCGCCUAUGGAGAAGGUUUACGGGAAAGCAUGAAACAGCCAACUGACACAUUGUCUUUGGGAGUUGCCGAUUGUGGUUGUUCAAUCUGUGGGGGCCGUGACAAUGAGAAGCAAAGAAAAGGUACCAUGACAAUGACCAUACCAGUUCCCUUUUGUGCUCUAUCUGAAAAUCAUUUGGAGAUGCUCAACUUUAUCAAAUGAUUCUAGAAACACUACCAUGAAAAAAAUAAUACCUAU